UCUUUGACUGUGCGAGAUUUAUGUUCAGUUUAGGGUCCUCUUCAACACAAGAAACAGGUUGGAAUCUGCAUAGAGGGAAAAUCUACUGUAGCUCGCUGACCGAACGUGUUGUGUUAGGAGUCUGCUGUUCUCAAAGAGACGUCAUCAUAUAUAGUGCACGGGAUAACGUUUGCACAGUUGCACUGCCCGGAAUGCGCGAGAUCCAAUUUGUGUAUUGGUUGGGUCAACAAUAGUUGUCGUUGUAUUGAGUUUUUAGUUUUCAGAGAGGCUCCACUGCCACGCGAAGGAGGAAACCGAAGUUACGACUGGCUUGUUUGUCUCGUAGUCUCUGAAUUCUGCAGGAAUGUCUCACAAGGAGAGACCCACUUUCUACAGACAGGAGCUGAACAAAACGAUAUGGGAGGUCCCGGAGCGGUACCAAUCCCUGUCCCCGGUCGGCUCUGGAGCCUAUGGAUCAGUCUGCUCGUCGUAUGACGUGAAGUCGGGGCUGAAGAUGGCGGUGAAGAAGCUGUCCAGGCCGUUCCAGUCAAUUAUCCACGCUAAGAGGACCUACAGAGAACUACGGCUCUUGAAACACAUGAAACACGAGAAUGUGAUUGGUCUGUUGGAUGUGUUCACGCCUGCCACCAGCCUAGAGGAAUUCAAUGACGUGUACCUUGUGACCCACCUGAUGGGGGCGGACCUCAACAACAUAGUGAAGUGUCAGAAGCUGACAGACGACCAUGUGCAAUUCCUCAUAUACCAGAUCCUCAGGGGACUCAAGUAUAUCCAUUCAGCAGACAUCAUCCACAGAGAUCUGAAGCCCAGUAAUCUGGCAGUGAAUGAGGACUGUGAGCUCAAGAUCCUGGACUUUGGUUUGGCGCGACACACUGAUGAUGAGAUGACGGGUUAUGUAGCGACCAGGUGGUACCGCGCCCCAGAGAUCAUGCUGAACUGGAUGCAUUACAACAUGACAGUGGACAUCUGGUCAGUAGGCUGCAUCAUGGCAGAGCUGCUUACUGGACGGACGUUAUUCCCCGGCACCGACCAUAUAAACCAGCUGCAGCAGAUCAUGAGGCUGACAGGAACGCCCCCGGCUUGUCUCAUUAGCCAGAUGCCCAGCCACGAGGCCAGAAACUACAUCAACUCCCUUCCCCAGAUGCUCAAGAGGAACUUUGCUGAUGUGUUUGUUGGCGCUAACCCACUAGCGGUGGAUCUGUUAGAGAAGAUGCUGGUUCUGGACACUGAUAAGCGGAUCACAGCGUCCGAGGCCCUGGCCCACCCCUACUUCUCCCAGUACCACGACCCUGACGAUGAGCCAGAGUCCGAGCCAUACGACCAGAGCUUCGAGAGCAGAGAGCUGGAGAUAGAGGAGUGGAAAAGGUUGACGUAUGAGGAGGUUUGCAGCUUUGAGCCCCUGCCAUUUGAUGGAGACGAGAUGGAGUCCUGAGGGGAGGAGGGUGAAGUCAUUGCUAAUCCCGCCUCCUUCUCUUACUGAACUGUGAGGAAGAGGUUGCAUGUAGACACUGAUCUAGGGCCAGUUUUGUGUUUCAUCCCCUAAUGGUUUAGGUUAGGAUCUGGGGGUAAGCUGAUCCUAGAUCUGUACUUAGAUACAACUUACAUCCGGAGCACGCAACCUUGUGUGAGGACUAUCAACUCACCAGACUAGUUCAAACAAACAAACAGGAAACCACGAUAUUCAAGUGCCUGCCAUCAUUCAUUUCUGGGGUUAGAGGUCAAGGGUCAAAGGUGACCCCCCCUACACCCUCCUCCAGCUUGCUGUAUUAUAUCGUCUUUGAUUGGGUCCCUGGGAUGAAUUGGGGAAAUUACUUUGUAAUAUAUUAUCUAGUGUUUGUGUGUUUAGAAUGUAUUAAGUCACAUUAUUUGCCAAAAACUACCUAAAUUCCUGGAAACGGUGCUCAGAUUUUAACGUUCAAUAUAGCAAAAACAAUCACAUGGUUGAACCAACAAACCACUGCAUUUUUGGAACAGUUAUUUAUGGUCUGUAGUUUAUGGCCUUUUGGAUAGAAGUCGGUAGGAAAUACAGUGGUCAUGACCUGCUCCUCUACGACAAACCUUGUCUCCACUGUCAAACUGUACGCUGUUGUUAUGCCUGCCAGGGUUUUAGAUGUGUAAAUAAGGCUGCCCUCUUGUAAAUAAAUGAUACUGUGCACCAAUAGUAAUACUGCCUAGAAGUCCCUGUUAUCAUAGAGCACAUAGACCCCUCAAGGCUUAGAACAUUGCCCCUAGCAACAAGAACCCUUUAGGAAUGACUGACAGGUUCCAUACUCAGAGGGAUUGUUAUUAAAUAGUAUUCCAUUAGAAUGUACACUAGUUUUAACUUAAUCAUAGUAAAGUUUUGACAUCCAUCUUUUCUCUCUAAGUCAAUCACCCAGGGAGGGGGUAGGGCUUGGGUAGUUUAUUUGCUUAUCCUGCCUCUUAACUUAUCUAUUUUUCUACCUAUCUCUGUCUGUUUCUUUUCACUCCAUCGUUGUAUCAUUGCCCCCUUGAGCACUGUCCUGUCCUCUGUGUAGUCUGAUUAAAAGUGAGUGGAGAGUUAAUGUGACUGUCACAAAAUGUUAUUUAAUAGAAUGUAUUUAAAAAUCCUCCAACCCCAUAUCACAAGACUGAUGCUGAAAUCAGAAUGGGUUUUCCCAAGCAUCCAUAGUGUCUGCUCUGUCGAGUGCUUUUAGGUGUCAGAGUUGGAGCUUCCAUUAGAAGCAUAGAGAUCCUAUUAAUAACAUAUGGUUCUAGGAAUUUAUAGGAAGUCUUGAUAAAUCACUGGAUUCCCAGUCCUGGUUGUUGACAAUGUGAUUUCAAUCAUAUUCAAAUGUCUUUUUAAGUAACUAUAUUUCCAUAGAUGUAUCUUGUUAUUCUGUUCUAUUAAAUGUGUGGGAUGCUAGCACCCCCUACUGUAUUUAACACCUCUUUAUCUUUUCAUUUGUACAUGAAGUGGCUUCAUGUUAGUCUCUGAGUGCAUGCCAAAAUAGCACAUUAUUCCUUAUAUAGUGCACUAUAUUGGAUCAGAUCUCAUAGGGCCCUGUUAAAAAGUAGUGCACUAAGUAGGGAAUAUGUUGCCCUAUAGGAUGUACUGUGAUUAUUCCCAUAGAGCGAUCGACAUAUUUAUCUCUUCUUAUUUAUGCAGUACAGCGCUUAAAUCAGACAAUAUUCAGAAUCUCUUCCAGUUUAAGCAAAAACAAUGCCUGAAUCCUAACACAGUAACUACUUUUUAUUUCAUAUUAUUUUAUGACUGCUCGUGGUGGCGAUUUUUCUGGCUCUGUAAAGCAGUAGACUACCUAUCAAAUCAGUGUUGGUGUCAAAGUCAUUCAAUUUAUUUGAAAUGGACUUGAACCCGUCCCUAGCUCUUCCCACAGCUGUAUCUCUGUGUUCAUUAGGCAUAAAACUGGAGAAAACGUUUUGAAACAAAUGGGCUUUCUAAUUGCAUGUUUUAAAAAAAACAAUGUACCGUUUGCUGCGUUCUGAACAUAGACUCGUGACAUACAGGGCUGUGGUCUUUCUGUGUAAAUCAGUGAGUGUCCACUUGAGGGCUGUAUCAUAGCAGGAUCACUAACAGAUAGGCCUACAGCUGGGGGCGUAUUCAUUACGCCGGUUCUGUUAAGAAAACUGAAACGGAAGCAAACGAAACGGGGCGGGACCUACCUGAAUUUGUCCAAUAGAAACUCUUGUUUUCGUUGCAAAACGUAACUGUUUUGGAUGAAUGAUUAGACCGCAGCUCUUGAUUGUCUGGCUCAUUUAAAAAGCUAAGAGUUGUUGGGACUGUCAGUUAUAGCAUGCCCAUUUCAAGUCUUAAUGUUGGAAAGAUAUUUCUGAUCAUUUAGGAAAGUUUGUUGGCUGACCCAUUGAUCCUGCUUUGCGAUACAGCGUUGUGUGUUUUCAUGUUUACAGCAGCAGGAUGCUGGAGGGUAAUACAGAAACCCCAUACAUUGUAUUGACACAGUAACAUAGGUUAGUUAGGUUACUGUCCUCCAGCCAGCUCUCUCUCUCUCUCUCUGUGUCACAGCAAUUAUCCUGCAGGAUGAAGGUAAAAUUACUAUUUAUAAUCUGGCUGAUCAUGCAAUGAGUAUCGGUUACCUUAUUUUGCUAUUGUUAUGGUUGUUUAUUUGAUUUAUAUGUUUUUAACAGACAGACCAUGUUUACUUUGUACUUUAAUGAUUCCCCACAUUCAGAACCAUGAGAUCAGGUAAUGUCACCUGUUAAUACCACUGUUAGAAAAUAAAGGCUAUUAUUUUUCAGAA